UUAACGCAUAAGAUGUCUGCUGAAAAAGUUAAAAAAUUGCAAAAAGUUGUAUGGCAGUGAAGAAACUGAAAAUUUUGCAGAAAACAGGUGAAGAAGCAGAAAUUUUUUGCUGAAAAAAAAAAUGUUGUCCUGAGCAGGAUUCGAACCUGACCCUCAAGGCAGCCACUUGUCUCACUGAGCCAAACUCAUUCUGACAAAGAACAGGUGGAGAGACUGACAAUUUUGCUGAAAUGAGCAGAAGCUGCUGAGAAUUGUGCUGAUAUGAGGUGAAAAGGCUGAAAUUUUUGCAGAAAAGAGGUCAAUCAGCAGAAUUUCUGCUCAAAAGAGGUAAAGAAGAAGAAAGUUGCGCUGAAAAGAGAUGAAUAACCAGAAUUUCUGCUCAAAAGAGUUUUUUUUUCUGAAAACAGCUGAGAUUUGUGCUGAUAUGAGGUGAAAAGGCUGAAAUUUUUGCAGAAGAGGUGAAUAAGCAGAAUUUGGGCUGAAAAGAGUUUUUUUUCUGAAAACAGCAGGAAAAACUGAAAAUUCUGCUGAAAAUGGGUGAAAAAGCUGAAAUUUGUGUUGAAAAGAGUUAAAAAACUUUUACUGUUAACUGAAAGAAAUUUUGCCAUAAGCGGGAUUUGAACCCCGGCCUCCCAGUCUGAGAACGGAUGCUCAUCUCACUGAGCUGAAACACAGGUCAACCCGGCAAGGAAAAUCAGUGAGGCCACUGAUGAUAUGGCAGAAAUGGGCAAAAAAUAUUGCAAAAAAAAAUUCAAUAUCUGAAAAAGUAUAGAAGUUAUGAGCACCAAAAGUCAUAGCACGCAUUAGCAGAAAGAGCAGAAUUUUUUAAAGAAGAAUAAUUUGAGGGCAUCCACACAAUAAAUAGAAUAGCCCUUUAUUGUGAUUGCACAUGUAGAUAACCUCCAGCUGGGUGUUAGUGACGCUCCUGACCUCUGCUGGAGACAUUGUUUGGAAACAGCUGACGUCCUGUCCCAAGUCAUUAAAGGUACUUCAUGUGAAACAGCCGUGCAGCCGAAACCACUUUCAAACCUUCUAAAGUCAGUGAAACGUGUGUUUGUGCUGCAGAGAGGUCGCCUGAAGCUAAAACACGGGCGGACUGCGCUCUCGUGUAAUACCACUGUGAGCCACAAGGUGUGUAAGACAAGAACACGCCAACAAUAUUUAACCGCGUGUUAGCGCAAUAUGUGUGCGUGAUUCGUAUUUCCACCACGCUUGAUCUCCGUGUUUGACCGCUGCACUGAAACAUUGUUGCAAAGAGCUGCAGCGUUCUGGGGAAAGUUCUCAUUGGAGAGUUUUUACAAAAAGCGCCUUUAAUACUAUAAUACUGUGUAGAAGAGUGUGUGUGUGUGUGUGUGUGUGUGUGUGUGUGUGUGUGUGUGUGUGUGUGUGUGUGUGUGUUUGAACUUUAAGGGACACUCUGGUGCUUUGGUCACUGACAUCACCAAAUAGGACACCAUUUAAAGAAGUCAGCAUCAGAAAAGUGUGCAGGGAAGAGUUCAGGAUUGCCUUAAACUCCAACAUCUGAAAGCCUGAAGUGAAGCUAAAGUAUGUGGACGCCACCCCUGACAGCGCUUCCCUGACUGCUCGCUCUGAAUGACGGGAAAUGGAGAAAUUGUUUAUGCUGCAGCUUGUAAUGAUCAUCAGCCAUGGCCUUCCAGCUUUCUACCAGCUGUUUUUCUCUGCUCAUUCAAGAUGACAAUCACCCCCCACCUCCACCCCACCCCACCCGAGGAAAGAAAUACACAGAGGAACAUGUCCACAUACUUUUGGUCACACAUGUUAACAGAUGUAAACUGAUAAAAAGAGGCUGAUGGACAGUUACACCCAUUUGCUCUCUUCAUGUUAAUCCUCUACCCUGUUAGUGACAGUGAUAGUGAGCUGGUAAUGACACACACACACACACACACACACACACACACACACACACACACACAGCCUGACUGUAAAUGACUCUGCAGCCUGUGACUCACUCAGAUUUUAAUCCACAGCCAACGUUUUCCCAGCAGAACGAUUCAGAUCCUCCAGUAAACUAAAAAACAACAACGAUAAAAGUACACAGCGUGUUUGUGUACUCGGAGUGGAUAUCUGCAGGCGGAGCGUCUUUUGUCGACUGACAGUUAGAUAGGUCGUCCACUGGUGCCCAACCUGUGGGAUGGGCCUCUCAGAGGGUCAGCAGAUAAAUCUUAGCCGUGAGUUUGUGCACAGAUGCAGUGUUUACACAAAGGCGGAGGUGUGGCGUUGGUCCUAAUCCAACACGGCGUGGGCGGGGCAUGCACGGUCCCUUCAGGUUUUCUUAUCUGACUCAUUAAACACCGUUUAUAAAUUUCUCCUCUGCUAAUAUCUGUGACCGAAGCAGACAGUGAUGUCCUGCUGACGAGCUGCUGGUGGAGGUCCUGGUUCUGCAGCAGUUCCUCUCCUGGACAGAACCAGUACCUCCAGCCGCAGCCCUGCAGGUGUUUUUCUUCCAGCCACAUGGUGGUUUCCUUCACCUGCAGCUUCCUGGCUAUGCUUACAGAGACUCCUUUGUUUCUUGCAGACAUGAUACCAAAGGCUCGUCUGGGGAAGCGUUCUCCUCUUGGGGCACUUGUGACCUCUACCUGUCCGGGGGUCAACCUGGAGACUGGUGAGACUGUGGUGACGAUGGCGGCAGCGGGACAGCAAGCGACAAGCAGAGCAGACGGCCAUCUUGGAUUAAAGUGUGGAGGAGCAGGUGAAUCUUCAGCCGACAGCUCCCCUUCAUCCUGCAUCAGAUCCGUGUCCUCCAGCAUCGAUGUCCCAAAAAGUCAGAGGAGUCCUCAUGAGGUGGACAUGAACGAGCUGAUGGCAGCGAUGGUUCUCAGCAGUUUGUCCUGCAGCCCGCUGCUGCACAGCCCCGCCCAGCCUGACCUCACAGCAGCUUCAAUAGAAUGUGGCGGUGGCGAGCUCUCCGACAGCGGCUACUGGAGCGUCGGCCACGCUCACCGAAGCCCGGCUCCUUCCCCGCCAAUCAAAGAGUCCGACGCCAGCCCGGCCACGCCUCCUGAUGAGGGUGUUGACAUGGAGCUGGACCAGGUGCUGUUUGAUGAGCCAGCACCACGGAAACGCAGGAACUCGGUGAAGGUGGCGUACAGGUGUCUGUGGCCGAGCUGCGGUAAAGUGCUGACGUCUGUGGUGGGAAUUAAACGCCAUAUCAGGACGACACACCUGUGCCGUGGUGGCGAACAUGAGCGCUGUUCCCGCAGUGAGGAGGAUUUUUACUACACUGAGAUCAACCAAUGGGAGCAUCCGCAGCAACGGUCUCCUCCCCAUUCUGGACACAGCGGCUCCUCCCCCGCCUCACCGGCUUCCUCCCCGUCCUCGCCUUCCAGCCCACCAACACCGUCUCCACCGUCUCCCUCCUCUCCCUCCUGUGCCGCCCUGAGUUGCUCCGCCCCCUCGUCUUCUGGCAGCUUCUGGCAGGUCCAAUCAGAGCACUCCUACCAGGCUCCUCCUCCGAGUCAACACGUGGUGUCAGCGGCAGCAGCCACACCAUCCUGCCGUUGGACAGCCCCGCCCACCACCUGCCACAAACAGAGUCUGUCAUUCCGGGUGCGUUCGGUCAGCGUGGGAGAGCAGUGGCUGCAGCAUCAGAGCGCCCCCUCCAGGAGGAUUCGCGGCGAGGCCAAAAAGUGUCGUAAGGUUUACGGCAUCGAGCACAGAGACCAGUGGUGCACAGCCUGCCGCUGGAAGAAAGCCUGCCAGCGAUUCCUCGACUGAGGCGAUGGGAAGAGGCAGGAAGACUGGGAGGAAGAACAGAGGCUGGACUUUACUGGUGGAUGUUUCUUUUAAUGUUUUUACAUCUGGAACCAGAAACGGUCCCAAACCUGUGCGAUGAACAUUUGGCAGCUCUGAAGCAGCUUUACACGUCCGCGUCACUUCCAGCUGAGAGCUCUGCGACUAAAGGAGCAUUUCACGGUUUCUGCCGCUCACAGCAGCUGCUCUUAUCUCUCUGUAAACACUUUGACUCUACUGAUCUGAAGUAACUACACUCGGAGGUCAGUUUAUUAGGAACACAGCAGCAAAUCUGCCAUCAUGGAGGUUUCAACACGUCGGAGCUGCUUCACACGUAUCCUGCUCAGCGAUGUCGACCAAAUAACAGAAACGGACGCCUGAAGUGAAGCAAAGGUUGAAGGUUACGUUUUUAAUGAGUCAGAUUUACAGACUGUCCAAGUCUGGUUUGGUGCUAAAAAUCCAAAUUUAAAAGAAAAGCAGCACACGUGAGAUCCUGGAAGUCGGAUUUUAGUUUGAAAUCUCAAGCUCAGCGUCUCGCUGUGGGAGGGUGAAGAGAAUAUUUACAGGCAGUUUCUACAGUUUUUUCUUUUUUAACAAAAAUUUAAGCAGAAAAUUCAGUGCUGCUUCCAUUUUUUAAACUUGCUGCUCCUAAUAAACUGGUGACAGAGUAUGUAACAUUUGCGUGCAUAUAUAUAAAUAGAGCUAUAAUGAAAGAGUUCCUCUUGGAGCUAACACCUGGCACCUAUUUUUUUGUUUCUUUUUGAUAUGUUGUAUAAAGAGCAGAACUGACCGUCAGCAGCUUCUGAUCGCUGCGACGUCGGCGAGUUUCUGAGAGGCUGAAAACACUUAAAACGAGACUUUUCUCGAGCAGGUUCUGCUGAAACGCGGCCGCUGACGUCCCGUUUCUCAACAUCUCGUCUGGAUUAAGUCUUUUUUUUGUAAUGUUUGGAAGCUGAAGCCAUUUCCGUCUCUGUGCAGUAUUGAUCCGUUUACACAGAGUUAUAAUAUCUAUAUUUUAUAUCUGCUCUUUUCUGAGAUGUACAUACAGAUGAUGUAUUAUGGGUCCAAAUAUGACGUCAAUAAUCAGUCUCACCGCAGCGAAUACGAGACAAAGAUGUGUUGAUAUUCUGUUUGUUUAUGAAGCAAACGAGGAAGCUGAGGAGCAAGAUCGUGUCGUUUUUACCGUGAUUUCUUUUCUACAUGAUGUCAGUCCUGAUGUUGUAGUAAAUAAAGCAGAAAAAACUCUGGAAACGUCUUCGGUCCUUUUAUAAUCUGAACAAAUCGCGGUUUAAGACUCAUUUAAUUUUGUGUUUCUCACAAUCUUAUUUUCACAGAUCCGAAGCUUUUUAUGAAUCUCAGUUUUUGUCUCUUGGUUUAAGGUUUUUAAUUCUCGCAAAUCUGAAAUCUCUUCUUGUAAAUUUGAGCUUUUUCUCACAAAUUUGAGGGGGGGGAUUUGUUUUUCU